CCCCCACCCCCGUGACAGCGCCUGGGAAGCCCUUCUUCCUGGGGACGCCCCCUGUGUGGCCAGGCCCCGCCUCGGCCGCAGAGAAGGGAUCAACAGCGCCGAGCUAAGUGAUCAGAAGAUGUGUGGCAAAGAGGGGCUACCCAGGGGUACUUUCCUGAUCACACAGCUUCUCGAGCCACACAGCUGAGGCUCCUGGCAGCCACUGCAAAAAGUACGCCCAGGUGCAAACAGCGCCCCCACGUGACCUGCGCCGGCCAGCUCCGCCCAGGUGGCGCCCAUCGUCAUCACCCUCGCCUUCCUCACCCUCGGGUUUACCCCUGGGGGGGGCUGGGGGCUGGGGGCUGGGGGCGGGGCAGAGAGGUUCCGCAGUGGGGCCCAGAGUGGGCAUGGAGGCAGCUCCAGCCCGCGAGUUGACGCGCCGGCAGGAACUUCUGGCGCCACCUUGUCUGGACACCGAAUCGCUCCGGAAGAGUCGACCCCCCACGCUGGAGCCUGGAGCCCUGAGAUGCCUCACUCCCAAUGGCAGGUCCCUGUGGUCCGCGUGCCAGGACUCAGUCAGCACAGCACUGCCUUUCCUCCAAGAGAAAGAGGAGGAGCCACCAGGGUCCCCUUCUCCACCCACCCAGACCCUGGGGCCGUGCUGGGAGCUGAUGGUAAUUGGGAUGUCAGACCCACUAAGUAUGGCCAGGAACCCCAAGAGCACACAGUAUCCCAAAACGGAAACUUCCAGCGCUGUUUCCCCGGCCUCACCCCAGAGAAGAUCACGGAAGCAGCUGAACCCCCGAAUGGGCAUUGAGAAGGUGGACCCCAGGUUCAAGGGGGUGACCCUGGAGUUCCAGAUCCAGCCGGAUUCUAGCCUCCAGAUUGUGCCCACCUACAGCUUACCUGGUAGAAGUUGUUCACCAAAGCUCCCUGCAAGCCCUCCCAAGGCCCUUGUCAGCCCAGGAGGCAGCGAGGCCCUCGGGCCCCGACGCUGUGCUUCUUGUAGGACCCAGAGGACUCCACUCUGGAGAGAUGCCGAAGAUGGGACCCCCCUCUGCAAUGCCUGUGGCAUCAGGUACAAGAAAUAUGGCACCCGAUGCUCCAGUUGCUGGCUGGUCCCACGGAAAAGCAUCCAGCCCAGGAGGCUGUGUGGCAGGUGUGGCAUGGCUCAGGACCCCCAGCUAAGCCCAACUCAGGAACUGUAGCCCUUCUUCAUAUAAGCAAGUCAGUUUUGUCUCUGUUUCUUGAGGGGAAAAGCACCCACACUGGCUGGCAGGGAUCCCAGGGCUCCCUCUACUCAGUUUUGGCUGAA